CGGGCCUUCGCCGACUGCGCAAGCGCGGGCCGCACGGGGAUGGCGGCCGUCGCCUGGAGCCGGUUGCUGAGGGUCGGCCGCCUCGCCGCGCCCCGGCCUCCGAAUUACUGCAACUCUUCGAGUUCCGAUACCACGUAUCCCGGGAUCGUUGAGUCGACAGAGGAAUUCAAGUUUGUGGAGAGGUUGAUUCCACCCACCAUCGUGCCGGUUCCUCCGAAACAUGACCGUUAUCCAACCCCGUCGGGAUGGUGUCCACCUCGAGAUCCACCUCCUGACUUGCCGUACAUGAUCCGACGUUCCCGCAUGCACAACCUCCCUGUUUAUACAGACAUCACCCACGGCAACAGGAAGAUGACGGUCAUUCGGAAGAUAGAGGGUGACAUUUGGAUGCUUGAAAAGGACCUGAAAGAAUUCCUCACGCAGCUCACAGGCAAGACGCCGCUUACGCAGGUUAAUGAGGUCGCAAUGAACCUACGGGUCAAAGGUUACUUCGACAAAGAACUGAAGUCAUGGCUUCUGGACAAGGGGUUCUAAGUUUUGUGAGUGGAUUCUCUGGUUGUGUUGAAAGGUGUGCUAAAGCUGUUUGAUUAAAAGAAAAUGAAAAUCUA